GUCAUGCACACUACGAUGCAUUCAUUUCACUGGUAGGUACAUUGUACUCUCUUUCCAUCACUAAUCACAGGAACAUCACCGCCAUCGACGCUCGCAACGACCACCAUGUCGCAAGAGGAUCAGUCGAAGCCGCCGAGUCGAAAAGAACUGGAAGAGACUAUCGGCGCGUUACAGAAUGUCGCUAAAGCUCAGAAUAUGGCCAAAGAGCUGAAAGAAAAGGCUGCAAAGGCCUCAUCACCUGCCGAGCGAGAGCGGCUGUUCAAAGAGGCCUACGAGAAGGAAGUCGAAGCAAAUGGCCACAGCAAGAUGGCACGAAGAAUGCAGAGUGGCACAUGGCAAGGACUUUUUGGGGGCGGAGGGAUUGGUGCGGGCGUCGGAAUGGGCUUGGGGACGGUGCUUGGUCUGCUAGUAGGAGGGAUAUUGUCUAUACCUACGACCGCGAUAGGCGGCCUGGUGGGUGCGAGCACGGGAGCCAUUCAUGGACCGUGGAUCAAGGUCGGUGACGUGCAAAAACGGUUCGAAGAUGCUACGCCCGCAGAGGUGGCGGACGCGCUCGAAGAGGAACAGCGUACAGGUGCAGCACCUCCGACGGAAGAGCAAUCUACAACGCAGCAACAUGAACAGAGGCUGGACGAGGUCGACGCCCCUAAGGAGAGGAAGAAGCCCCGCAAAAUUGAGAUCCGAUCCCAAGGCGGAACGUAGGGUCGUCAAAUGAUACCCACGGAAUAUCGACAGUCUGCUACUGCGCAAUCCGCUGGACUCGGCAGAACAGCGAUAACGACAAUGCCCUCCGGCUGCCAUCCGGAA